UCCCAUGCGGUGUCACCGUGUUAUGGUUCCCCCUCGUGUGCAGACGUUCAUGUGAACCGCCGUAAAUCGUUAUUUUCUUCAUAGCUUCUUCUUGAAGCCAAUUUCCAACAUGCAUUUAACACACGGACUGGAGCUCUUUCCCGACCAAAGUGUGACUCAGAUGCUCUUCAAGGAAGUCAAAAAUGCUGCAGAGCUGAGGCAGUGCGCGGUGGAGGGUAAAAUAAAGGGAGCCCUGAUUAACCCGACGAUGCUGGUAAAUCCUUUCCAAGUGCUGGUAGCUGCCAACAAGGCUGUCAACUCACAGACAAUUGGGAAAAUGAAGACGAGAAGUUUGUACUCAGAAAUAAUCUUCAACCUGUCACCUACUAAUAAUAUCUCAGAGGCGUUCAAAAGGUUUGGGAGCUCUGAUGGCGAUGGCUCUGUCCUGGUGGUCCUGGUUCACGACAAAGAUGAGCCACAGCUGCUGUCAGACAUCAGAGCCAGAGUGAGCGGACGGCAGGUUCCGGCAGAAGAAGUAUCCUCGCUGACAGACCAUGCAAAAAUCAAAAAGCUUUAUAAAAUCACCCCCCAGGAGGAGAAGUGUGGGACUCUUCUGGACUCAGUAGUAUGCAGGAUGGCCACGAAGGAUGUCAUGUAGCUACGACAGGAAGAAGGACCACAAAUGGACUUAAAAAAAACAAUUGGAUGCCUUUUUUUCAUAUGAGAUUUGGAUUCGUAUUAAUAAUGUUUUUUUUGCUGUCCCAACAGAUGCAAACAUUGUCUUUUGUGCACUCUAUACAAACUCAAAUCAAAUUUUCCCAGCUGAAAGGAUAAUACAUCUUAUUUUUAAUGUAUAUUUUCAUGGAGUUUACUUGUCAUUUCUCCUGCUUACAUUGUCUAUAUAGUUUUCAUCACGAGUUCCCACAGCCGUUUUUCAUUUGUCUCAGUCAUUUCUUUCAAGCUUUUCGGGGACAGUUAUUUUGUGUCUCAAAGUUGAAGGUGGGCUCUGGGUUUGAGGACAGUGAUUUAAAACUGGUCUCAUGCCAGCAGUUGGUGAAUAUUGAAAUUUAAAAAGCUCUGGGCAAAAUGUCAGCUAGAUUUCGAGACAACAAGACAAAGAUUCAGUCAAACCCUGUCACCUGAAGAAUUCAAGAAUAUGAAAUGUACUAGUUGUCUAAAACAUUUGUGUGCAGCUUUGUUCUUUUAAAUCACAUUGAAAGACCUGUCAUUUAAUCUCAAUUGUAGGGACACUAGAAUUCUGUAACUAAAUGUAAAAAAUCUCUUCAUAUA